AUGGCACAACCAGACCCCAGCAGCAGCGUCCCCCAGGACCUGAUGCCUCACGUGCAUCUCGUCUCUUCCUACCGAUACCCGACAAUGCCUCGCUUGGACCUCAGCGAGGUCGCCAAGUGGCUCAUGACUGCGCCGCAGAUUGCCAGAGACCGCGCUCCGUUCUUCUGGACCUACCUGGACAAACCUGCCGACGGCACCAUCUUGUUGACAUGGCAGCCUCUCCAGAGACUGGGCACCAAUUUCGCAACCGACGGCUUCGUGUGGGCGCCCCCCGAGCAGGUCUACAAGCAUGACUUGGGUAAUGGAUUGAUGCUCGAGAUUUACUAUCUCAAGACGGGAUACAUCCCCGGCGAGCAGUACGCGCUGCACACCCGGCGACGAUUUCGGCUAAUACCUGCACCCGGCCACCCCAACCCGCCGCAGUUGGACAUGAGCCUGUUCAUUGUUCACUACGGUCCUUCGGAGCACAACGAUCGAAUUCCCGCCACAAUGGUCCCGUACGACGAACGGGUCAACGCAAUCAUGGGACAGCGAAGCUACCUUUUGCGCGCCGGACAGAUCCGCCGCAAGGAGUUUAUGCUUUCCGACCGUGUCAACUGGCCUUCGCUCCCAGAGCUUACCCGACAGCAAAUGGGCCCUCAAGCGACCCCGAGAGGCGUUCCUCAGCAGAUGGCGUACCCGCCUCAUGCCGCCCCCGGUCCCCCGGCCAAGCGUGCGAGGCAUGCUCAGGGUCAGAACCAGCAGCAGCAGCCGGCGGCGCAGUCGGCUCCUCCGGCGGACGACGACGACGACGACGACGACGACGACGAGGAUGUCUCGAGGGGCGACAUGUUUGACCUCUGGACGCCGAGAGAGCUGGCCAUUGAACGCUACCGGCAGAACCACGAAUGGAUGGAGGAGAUUCUCUCCUCGGCCUACAGGCUGGGCCAAAUCCAACCUUCGGAUCUCAACCUCGGCCUCAAGGGCGAGCUCGCCUCGCUGACGCAAGGCAUCUUCGCCGCUCACGGGGGCGAUUUGUCCGCGCAGUCCCCCGAGAAGCCGUACGUCGGCCGCCUCGAUCCCGGGCUGGCCGACGAGUUCCGGAAGCGCGUAGACAAGCACAUCGAGUCGACGCAAGCCGAGAUGAAGAGCAUGGAAGAGGAGCAUGCCAAGCUCAUGGCCAGUCUCAACGCUGCUUCGCUCCUCAAAGCCAAGGAGAGGGAGGUUCGCUCCAUCCCGGACCCGCCCGCCCCGGAAAUCUCGACGACGCAGGACCGAACGGAGGCUCGGGAUGAACAAGGCAAGACAUUGUCACCGGCAGCAGCGGCGGCGGCGGCGGCCAUGCACGAGACGACGACGACGACGCCGCCCUUUGACGAGAUGCUCAAAGAGGUCGAAGCUGCUCUCGGUCGCAAGAUCGAGGCGCGUCCCCGCGUCAAGCGAGUCCAAGACGGAGGGCACCUAGCGCCGGCUGCCAAGCCGCCCACUCCCGCCGCGCACAACCCCCAAAUGUCCCGGCAGCCGUCCCAGUCGGGCUCGCACAACAGCGGCUUGAUGAUGGGCGAUUCCGACAUGGACAUGGGUGGCACCGCGGCAGGCUUGCUGGACCAGAUGCACACCGGCUUCUCCUCCAUGUCGACGCCGCAGGCCCAGGCGUCGGCCGCGCAGUCCAACGCCCCCACGCCGUCCAACGCCAACAACGCCCCGUCCCCCGGCCCCGUCGCAACCCUGCCCCCGGCUCAAUCGGCCGAGCCAGCCGGCGGGCCCCCACGCGCAGCUCCUCAAGCGGCUGCCGACGUCGACAUGACCGGGACGACGGAUGGCGUGGCCGCCAAGGGACCAGCCGCCGCCGCCGCUGCUGCUGCUGCGCCUGCCCCGGACACCGGCACCGACAGCGGCGACUGGAUCGUAGUGCCCAAAGGCGGCGGCGCGCCCCCCGACAACGCCGCCCCCAUGCCAGCGGCAUCUGCUCCACCCGCCAAGGGCCCCGGGCCUGCAGCCCACGCAGAAAACGACCAGCAGCAGCAGCAGCAGCAGCAGCAGCACAAGCCAGCCACCGCGGUCGCCAAGCCCGCAUCGUCGGCCGCCACCCCUUCCGCCUUUGACCAGAACGACUUCAGCUCCCUCGGCGACUUGGACACCGCCGCAGACGCCAUGGCCGGCUACGACGCGCCGGACCUCGACGGCCCCGGCGGCCUGGGAGACGACCUCGAUCUGCAGAUGGACAUGGAGGACUCUGCCUUCGGAGACGCCUUUCACGGCGUCGGCUCCGCCGGGACCCCCGGGGGCGACGGCCACACCCAGGAGCUGUGA